AUUCAACGGUCGUCCAGACCAGCUAUUAGACAUAGUGGUUGAGCCCCAGACCCACACAAAACUCUCACCGUUGGGCCGUUACGCUGGCAGACGGUUCCAAGCAUCCGUGCAAAAAGCUUGUGUGUUCUUCGGGCGCUUCUGGCGGUGAAAGUGGGAAAAACAGUUGGCAGACUGACUGACUGACUUGUGGAGGAAAAAAUAAGCAAGUGUACGCUACAGUUGCCGGGCUGCGCAUCCAUCUUAAGCGGCCACUGAGAUUGAGUGAGUGUUGUGGUUGGUCCUAUGCAGUGGUUUCUGGUGUACUUUGCGAUAGCUCUGCUGCUAGCGUUCCUGUAUCGGUGGUGGGUCGGUAAACCAGUGCUUCCCAUCCAAAGAUAAAAAAAGAUCUUCUCCAAAACCACCAUCAUCUUCGCUUCGUCCGCUUGUUUGAGUGCGCCACCGGAGUCGGUCACGAUCAGUCGGCUUACUACCAUCACCGCUAGCACGCGACCGGCAGGAUGACGAAGAAGUUUGAGUUCAACUGGCAGAUCCCGGUGCCGGAACCGCUCCUCACCGGAUGCGUGUUCGAUCGCUGGACGGAGGAGAAGGACAACAACGAGCUGGAACCGAACUGCACGUUUAAGGUGGACGAGUACGGGUUCUUCAUCUACUGGAAAAGCGAAGGCCGGGAAGGUGACGUUAUUGAGUUAUGUCAAGUGAGCGAUAUCAGAGCGGGCGGAAUGCCGAAGGACAUGAAGCUGUACAAUCAACUGUGCAACAAGCACGGCGAAAAUGUGGAGGAAAAAUCUCUGACCAUCUGUUCCGGCACGGACUACAUCAACAUCAACUAUCAGCAUGUCGUCUGCCCGGACGCAGCAACGGCCAAGAUCUGGGUGGAUGGUUUGCGCAAAAUCACCCACAACGGCAAGGCCAACAAUUUUUGCCCAAUGACAGCACUCAAAAAGCAUUGGAUGAGAUUGGGCUUUCUAGUCGAUCCGCGUGGAAAAGUGCCGGUCAAGGUGGUUGCUCGAACAUUCGCCUCCGGCAAAACGGAGAAACUAGUCUAUCAGAUUCUUUCCGAUCUGGGUCUGCCGAGUGGCAAGAACGACGUGAUCGAGAAGGCUGACUUUACGUUCGAAAAGUUCUACGAACUGUACCACAAGAUCUGUCCCCGUAACGACAUCGAAGAACUGUUCCGGUCCAUCACGCAGGGCAAAGCGAAUGCCAUCAAUCUGGAUCAAUUUAUCAACUUUCUGAAUGAAAAGCAGCGCGAUCCCCGGCUGAACGAGAUCCUCUACCCGUUGUACGAUGAAAAGCGAGCGCUCGAGAUUAUUACCACGUACGAGCAGAACGAUGAAGCACGGGAAGCGAAAACACUCACCAAGGACGGCCUGAUUCGGUACCUCAUGUCGGACGAGAACGCGCCCGUCUUUCUCGACCGGCUCGACAUCUACAUGGAUAUGGAUCAACCGCUGUCGCACUACUACAUCAACUCGUCCCACAACACGUACCUGUCCGGCCGCCAGUUUGGCGGCAAAAGCUCGGUCGAGAUGUACCGGCAGACGCUGCUGGCCGGCUGUCGGUGCGUCGAGCUGGACUGUUGGGAUGGUAAGGGCGAGGACGAGGAACCGAUCAUCACGCACGGCAUGGCCAUGUGCACCGAUAUCCUGUUCAAGGAUGUGAUCUACGCGCUGCGCGAUACCGCGUUCGUCACCUCCGACUAUCCGGUGAUCCUGUCGUUCGAAAACCAUUGCUGUAAAUCGCAACAGUACAAGCUGGCCAAGUACUGCGACGAGAUUCUGGGUGAUCUGCUGCUGAAGGAACCGAUUCAGGACUUUCCGCUGGAACCGGGCGCAGUGCUUCCACCACCGUCCGCCCUCAAGCGCAAGAUCCUCAUCAAAAACAAGCGCCUAAAGCCGGAGGUGGAAAAGAAGGAGCUCGAGCUGUUCCUGCAGGGCGAGUUCGUGAUUGAGGACGAGGACAAGGAGGACGCGAGUGCGGUACCGGUCGAUGCGACCAAGAUUGCAGAACUAGCGGCGCCGGCGGCGGCCGCCGUUGCACCGGUGGCAGCCGCAGCCGCCUCGCAGGACGGUGGCGAAGAGGCGCCCCCGAUCCAGUACACCGGCUCCACGACCAACGUCCACCCGUGGCUGUCCUCGAUGGUGAACUACGCGCAGCCGGUCAAAUUCCAGACGUUCGACUACGCGGAGAAGAAAAACGUCCACCACAACAUGUCGUCGUUCGCGGAGACGACCGGUAUGAAUCUGCUAAAGUCGCAGGCGAUCGAGUUCGUCAACUACAACAAGCGGCAGAUGUCGCGCAUCUACCCGAAGGGCACACGGGCCGAUUCGUCCAACUACAUGCCGCAGGUGUUCUGGAAUGCGGGCUGUCAGAUGGUGUCGCUCAACUUCCAAACAUCCGACCUGCCGAUGCAGCUCAAUCAGGGCAAGUUCGAGUACAAUGGCAACUGUGGCUAUCUGCUGAAGCCGGAUUUCAUGCGCCGAGCGGACCGUAGCUUCGACCCGUUCGCGGACGCCCCGGUCGAUGGGGUGAUUGCGGCGUCCUGCGCGGUGCAGGUGAUUGCCGGCCAGUUCCUUUCGGACAAGAAGGUGGGCACGUACGUGGAGGUGGACAUGUACGGCUUACCGUCGGACACGGUGCGCAAGGAGUUCCGUACGCGCAUGGUCCCGGCCAACGGGCUGAACCCGGUGUACAACGAGGAACCGUUCCUGUUCCGCAAGGUAGUGCUGCCCGAUCUGGCCGUGCUGCGGUUCGGUGUGUACGACGAGAACGGUAAGCUGCUCGGGCAGCGCAUCCUGCCGCUGGACGGUUUGCAGGGCGGGUACCGGCACAUCUCGCUCCGCACGGAGGCCAACUUCCCGAUGUCGCUGCCCAUGCUGUUCUGUAACAUUGAGCUGAAGAUCUACGUGCCGGACGGGUUCGAAGAUUUCAUGGAUGCGCUGUCGGAUCCGCGCGCGUUCAUGGGUGCGGCGAAGGAGCGUUCCGACAACAUGAAGGCGAUGGGUAUCGAGGAGACGGGCAAGAAGGAGAAGGAAGAUCAGGCCCGCAAGGAGGAGCAGCGCGUAACGGAACCACCGCUCGUGUUCGACCCGAUCACGGUCGAUUCGUUGCGGCAGGAGAAGGGCUUCCAGAAGACGGCCAAAAAGCAGCAGAAGGAGCUGGACGCGGUGAAGAAGAAGCACGCGAAGGAGCGGGCCGGCGUGCAGAAGCAGCAGAACGCGGCGAUCGAGCGGCUGAUCAAGGGCAAAAGCAAGGACGAGAUCAAGGCCGAUCCGGCGGUACGCAAGCUCAUCCAGGAGCAGAACACCCAGUGGACGGAGAUGGCCGAGCGGCACAAGAAGGAGGAAUGGGAACUGCUGAAGCAGCAGCUCGCCGAUCAGCAGGACAUUCUGCGCAAGCUGAUGGAAACAACGCAGGCCGCGCAGAUGAAGCAGCUCGAGGCGAAACACGAGCGCGAGAUUAAGGAGCUGAACAGCCGCCAGGCAAAGAUCUCGGUCGAAACGUCCAAGGAGGUCGCGAACGACAAAACGCUCAAGACCAAGGGCGAGAAGGAUCGGCGGCUGCGCGAGAAGAAGCAGAACAACAUCAAGCGGUUCAUGGACGAGAAAAAGACUGCCACCAUCAAGCAGAAUCGGGAGAAGGAAAAGCUGAAAGUGACCCACGACAAGCAGCUGGAGGAGUUGGCGAACGAUGUGCAAAAGCUGUCGGCUAACGGCUGUAAGCUUAUUAGUAGCGGCAGUAGCACUAGCAUUAAUGUCGAUCAAAAGUCAACCGGCGCAGACAGCAACGCAUCCAUACCGGCGGUGGUAACGGCGGCGCCCGUCCCAUUUCGUAGCUUCUCCACCAUUCCACCACCGUCCGCGCAGCAUCUGAUCCGAUUGAACACGAUCGAGGAAGCGAGAAAGCGCGAGGAAGCGAAACAAUCCGACUGUCCCUGCAUUUGUUCGUGACGACUGUUGGUGUGUGUGUGUGUGUGCGUGUGAAAAUGUAUCACCACCACCAGUUUCCUUCGGUCCACGACCACCACCAUCACCACCGGCCACAAACCCGCGGGUGCGGUGGCCCGUCCCCGCUGUGGAGUGCCAACGUGCUCUGGUUCUCGAGGAAGAAGCUUUACGCGUGUAGUGCCAAAUGCAAAAGAAAAGUAUUAUUUAGUAAAUCUCAUCGAAAUGUACAAAGUGGACGAGGAGGAAUAUAAGCUGGCAUCGAAGUAUGAAUUUUUCGCCUAAAAACCUUGCACACCUCGACAAGAGCAGGGCAACAGGACGCUGCAAAAACUACCGCCCAGACAAACACAAAAACCCCAAGCACGCCCCACACGCCUCUCGUGGUGGACCUUCAUACCGUGGAUUGAAAGGAAGUGGGGCAAGGAGGCCUCAAAGGAACAACCGAAACACAGCGAUAGAAAUUGUACACCCUAGUAGACGUAUAUAUAUAUACACACACACACAUAUUCAUUAUAAAUCUAAAGAGGGCGAGAGGGAGAGAGAGAGAUAUGCAGACAGACGUAAUUGGUGAACUAGAGUGGGAACAAAAAAUUGAAACGUACCAGGCGCCUCCAUCGAUGUUUCGGUCCGUUUGCAUAUUAUCGCACGUUGCGUGCGUCUCUUAUGUUAUGUGUGUGCGUUUUUUUAUCUCUUUAAUUUUUUUUAAAACGUUUUCCCCCACCCCGCUAUCUAUUAUGUUUUAUUAGCUUUACGUUGUUACAUUUCCUGUCGGUUUGGGGUUUUCUCCAGCUGCAAGUGAUCACCUAUCCUUUAAACCAUGUCAAUUGAAGCCAACGGCGUGUCGUGGGUUGUUUUUGUUUCGUUUUAACUUCCGCUCCCCCCCCUCCCCCCCCCCCUUUUAUGCAUGCAAAGCUCUUGCCAUCUGCGCCGGCUGUAGGGGUGGCCCAAAACCAAGCGGGAAACCCGUUGUAUUAGAAUAAUAUACAGGGUAAACGGUAAUUAAUAAGGCAAAACAUCCCGCAACAAAACCAAACAGAACGUUUUUAUCUGGAUAGCAAUGUUACUACCACCACCACACUACUAUUAUGAUUACUACUACUACACCGUUUAUAUCAAAAGUACACGCGCGGCGGUGUGUUUAAAAAAAUCGAUGCGAUUCUAAUGGUCCAAUACUGUUGCAAUCUGAAUGAGCGCGUGCAUGCGUGCGUGUGUGUGUGUGUGUAGUGCGGCAAACAUUAAGCCUAAUAUUGCAAAAGGGAAUACACAUAAAUAUAUAUAGAGAGAAGAAUACUAGAAGAAGUAAAUCGUAGUGAUAAAGUACAGAACAGUCCUGUUCUGUGCGUAUGUGUGCGUGUGUGUUUGUGUGUGCGUGCGUGUAUGUGUGGGUACUAUUAAUUACAUAUAAAAAAAAACCCCACUUAAGAGUUAAGCAAAUCACAGCAAGACAAAAUUACCACAAAAAAAAACCAACAAAACCAAAUCGCCAGUAACCAAACUGAUCUGCUGCUAUGUGUGUAUCGUUUCUUUCCAUUUUUACGAUAAGUAAGAGGGCUAGCAAAAGUGGUUUUUCUCCGGGGGAGAAAAUAAGAAGAUUUUGCCCGAGAAGGUUUAAAGAAAGAUGGAAAAAGACGACAAAAAAUGAAAACCGAACAAAAUAAGAAAGCAAAACUGUGGAUGAAAGUAAGGCUGGCUAGAGCUAGCAAAAUCGGCAACGGUAAUCUUAGGGCAAUAAUAUUAAUUAUGGCGCAAGCAACCAAAAAACCAAAAGUGAUGAGAGAAUGCAAAUGAUACCAAAUGAGAACCCACUCUAACACACACGCACACACACACACACUUACACUAACAUACACCAUACUUCAUUGGCUGUAUCUGUUUUUUUUUUCUUUUCGUUUGUGAAAUAUGCACGAGAAGACGACGAGGUAAUGUUUUAUCACUUUUCUCGAUUAGAUCGUGCGAUCGUGUGUGUGUGUGUGUCGGGGAAGGAUUAGAUCAUAUAUAUCUUUAAUUGCUGUUCACUCACUUAAGAGUGAGGGGGGGAGAGAAAGCAGCAACAAUGUUAGAAGAAGAAGAAAUGAUUCAAGGAAAACAAUCCUAGAACAACAACCUCUCUCUCUCUCUCUCUCUCUCUCUCUCUCUCUCUCUCCUCCACCACCCGUUUGUAUCUGUAGAUUCUUGUAGUCUUAACCAACGAAUGAGAGUCAUACUUAGUGCCUACUUCGAAUGCAGCUACCGAACGGCUGCGAUCGUAACCUUGCUUUCUCCCAUCCUCUUACGGGAAGUGGGCGGAAAUCGAUCGAUCGUCGCUGGUGGUUGCAGCUCGAAUUCGUGUCCUUCCGUCACAAUCACACACACACACACGCACACACGCACACAGUUAGUUCACGCCAAACCACACGCGCGCACACACGUCCACUCAUAUGCGCACACGCGCUCUAUUGUUUUAUCACUAAAGAGGGGAAAGGAAAGGAGAACCCAACCUGCGCAAGAACAGAAUGCGCCGAAAACACGGUCUAGUCGUUUACGUUUUAAGAGUAUGGUUAUUAUAUAUCGUAAGAGCAAACAAACAAACGGGGGGAUGGGGACACGCAUAUACACACACAUAUAAACUGGAAAAGCAAAAAGUGGCGACAAGAGGAAACAAAAAGGAACAAAAAAGGGGGGGGGGGGGGAGGGGGGCGAUUAAAGCUGUGCUAGUAUGAAUAUAUUUAUAUCAUUCCGAAGUAAAACACAACAAUGCCGAAAGUGGCAAAUGAGCGAACAGCAAGCGAAAAUGCGCGAAGCGAACAGCACGAAAAGGCAUGAAGAAGGUGGUACGACGUGUGUGUGUGUGUCGUCGGGUGAGUCUUUUGUUAAGUUUUCAAUGUUAGCCACAGAGAGAGAGAGAGGCAGAGAAAAGAAGAGUAGUGAACAAUACAUACAUAUAACAACACCGACAUACGAAUUAUGGCGAACCCCACCUCAUCCACCCCUCUUCACGUCCGUUUUCCCAUGUUCCGUUUCGCCUGUCCCCGUGUUUAACGUAACGUCAUUCUCCUUAGUCUGUGUGUGUGUGUGUGCAAAACACACCACCUGCCUGCUGUUCGUUUCCCCUUCCCCUGGUAUUUGUCAAUAUAGAGGUAAUUGUAAUUAUUACACCAGAAGAAGAGAUCAAGAAACAGCAACUGCUAGAACAACAAACAAACAGAACAGUAAUAUGUAUCAUUAAUAAAAAUGAACUCUAUUACGAUAGCGAAA